CCUCGGCUAAAUUUCUCCUUCAAAUUUUGCAGCUGUUUGUUCUUUAUGUUUGCAGUGAUAUAUUUUUUCACGGCCGCAAGCAUCACGAUUUCGACAGCUCGUUGAUAUUUAACAGAUGUGACAGUGAGAGAGUGUCAAAUUUCAAAUACCUUGUACCUGAACAAGAAUGAUGGCAGAAACAAAACGAACGUCCUUGGAUGAAGAUAUCAUCUGUGAUACAGUGGACGACAAUGGACAACAAAUAAAGACUCUAGAGGCAAUUAACGUUCAAGACGAAGCAUAUUUCAACCGUUUGAAAACUCAAAAAAGUGACUAUACCUUCAAAAUCAUGUGCGUUGGUGACUAUACUGGCUUUGGAAAGAAGGGAGGUUUUGUCGCCGACUACAUUCAUGAGCGACCUUUAAGUUUUUAUCACAAACCAACAGUCGGUGUAGACUUUUAUGUACAUUUCAUACAAUGGGAAAGCGGCAUUAAGAGCUCGAGUGUCAAGCUACAGUUUUGGGAUGUUGCGGAACACGAACGCUUUCUGAACAUGACAUCUGUCUACUGUCGCAAUUGCGCUGGUGCGCUGGUAUUUUGGGGACCCAAAAGUCCUUCCAGAUUAAGCAGUACUUUAAGAUGGAGUCAAAAAAUUAAAGAAGCAAAUAAUUCUGAUCGUCCUAUGGUUUUAAUCGUUGAGAACAUUCCUGCAUCGAAAAGGGGGAAGCCGAUCGAUUGGAUUGGUCCUGGAAAACUUGUGGAAAGCCGGGAGAUUAUGGACCGAUUUUGUGCCAGAAACGGGUUUCUGAACUGGUUCGAAUUAAACUCACGCGAAGGGGAAGGGUACAACCAAGUGAUGAAAAAUGCAGUGAACUUUUUGGUUUCUAAAAUAUUCGAAAAUCAAUUAGCAUAACUUCGUGGCUCUAUCUUCCGGUUGCUCCAUUUUUGUAAACACACGCACUUCCGGUGUGCUUGUUAACAUUGUCCGUAACAAAGAUGGCACAAAAUAAAAACAAUGAAUAUAGAAACUAGAGGUCGAAAGGAUAACAAGUUUAAUUCUUGUUUCGGUUUUGACCCUAAAAAGGCUACAUUAUUUUGUGACAUUUUUGAUUUUUACAUGACAGCAUCUACAAUAUAAUAUAUAAUUUCCUCAAGCUAUAAAAGUUGUAUGUAUUGUCUCAAACUAUUCUACUGCUAUAUUCCAUAUUAUUUAAAUUAUUCACAUUUUGGCUUUUUUGGAAAAGAACUGUGCAUAACAUUGAACUCAUGGAUGAAAACUUUUUAACCACAGUUAGUAUAUCAGCAAAUAUUGUUAAAAAAUUAUUUGGGGUGUUUGAAAGAAAAAGGGAGUCAUUCCAUUCUAUUAAAUCUAAAUUUCACCCACCCCUAGAGCUGACAAACAGGAAACAAUUUGAUGGCUCUAUAAAAAAAAAAUUCAAACUCAUCAUUUCAUGUCACUUUUUCCCAUAUACCAUUAAUUUAGUUCCAAGUUCUCAUUCGUACAUAAAUGAGAAGGGACAGCACAAAAGGGGGUAAAAGAAUUAAGACCCUUUUGAUGCAGUGAKCUAAUUAAUUGCGUCUUUUGGAAGACUGGAUUUUCUCCCUUUUGUGAUGUACUCUCUCAAAUCCUUCUCAGCCAGAGGGAACUCAGGAUGCAUGUGCAACUCUCUAUGGAAGCAAAUGUCAGCCUAGGAGAACCAGAGUAAAAAAAUAUUUGAGAUUUAAAGGUCUAGUAAUAAUAAUAAACUUUCAUUUAAAGUCAGUGAAAACAACUCUGAUUAAUUUAGAAAGCAUCCUGACAUUUGUCCCACUUUUGCACACUAUUUUGAAAGUACCAUGUGUGGUUGACUACAUCUACAGUAUAAUAGUGAUACAUUGAAAAGGUAAAACUUUGUGACUAUGGCCCUGAUUCUAACAGUUUGUGGUGCCUAUUUAUUAUCAAAUUUAUCUGAGUAAAUUUCUAGUCCAUCUUGAAAUGAUGCCAUUGAAAUACCAUCAGGAACAUGAAGACAUGUAACUCCUAACAAUAAAAAAACUCUUUUAAAAGCACUCCUCAUUAUUAUCUGACAUCAUAUCCACGACCAUCAUUCAACAGUAAGACAAUAAUAUUAAAAAAUAAUUUUUUUUGAGU